GUUUAGAUCAGCAGACUGUAUGCAGGGGGCUCGGAGCUCCCAAGCCAGAUCUCGGAGAUUCAUGCACCACAAUCGGGCUUCGACUUGCUCGGCAACUCAACGCACGAUGGUCAACAGACAACUACAGCCACAAGCAGCAACCAAAGCAACAUCGACCAGAACUAGCUCAAGACUCAAGAAUCAAAAAGCUCCCAAUUCACCCCCAAGAAGAGCAGACCAGCUGAAUCCACGAACAGGCGAACAACAGACCGGGAAGAAUGUAGGACGGCCAACAGCAGCUUCCAAUCAAGAAGAGGGCUCAAAAACACAACAGAAACAGAAAUCUACUAACCGAUCGAACGUCUCUCACACUUUGAGCAACACCGAACCCGAGCCCCAGGUGCCCAAGGACGAUUUUGAAGAGCGCCACGCCUGCAAGACUGCACCGGGUAUCAGUGCUCAAGGCGUCAUUGUCAAACAACUUAUCGAUCGGAUGAGAAUCGAUCCAAAAUUCGUUUCCGACCUUACGAGAGGUAAAGAACUGAGUUUCGCUCAAUCUUCCCCUCAAGCCACGCCAUCAGCCUCAGAGGAGAUGGAAGCAGCAAUUCUUUUGCCGAAGAAAUCCACGAAGGACACCGGAAUCGUUCCAGUUGCAAGUUCAACAACCAAACCGAUUUCCAACUUUCGCUUCAAUGCCCCGCAAGAAGAUGCUAGCCAAAUCCCAUUCGAGUCUCUCCCAACCGAGGAAGAUCAGUUUGCUGAUCCUGAAACGCAAGAGUCACAAGAACCCGUUGGGGAAAGCGAGUUGGAUGAAGAUAGCACUCACGAGUCCAAUGGAUCCGUUGAACAAGGCGUGAUCGAUGUUGAUGAAGAAUCGAACGUGUCCGUUGAUGUUGAUGAGAGUGUAAUAGAUUCGCAUGAUGCUCAAGAACCAAACAGGUCGAUUGAGGAAACAGAUCUAGUUGGCCAAGAAACUCAAGAGUCACACGAUGAUAUUCAAAUAGAAGACUUCCUUGUAGGCUCCAAAUCAACCACCAACAAUGUGGACGGGCAGGACCGAUCAAAUGAAGAAGACCUGAUCACAGAGUCAAACAGAUCGGUCGAGGAAAUUGGCCCUGAUGCUCAUGAAACUCAAGUGUCAAUCGACGAUUCUCAUGUAGCUUCGAGCUUGAUUUCUAACCUUUUCAAUUCGAUCGAUCCGGGAGAUGCGCCGGCAGAUGAAGUUGCUCUAGAUACAGGUCUACCAACAAAUCAUGCAAACGAUACAUCAACUGAAGAGUCAAUCGAACCUGCGCUGCCUGUCACUCAAGAGUCAAACUUGAACUCUGGAACGGUGGGUUCUUCCAUCAGUUUGACGAUAAAUCGAGCGGGUGAACCGGAACAAUCACCAGGAGACCCGCUGGCAGAUAAGUCGACUCAGGCUGGUACAUCAUCUAGUCCUGCAAAACACUUGCCAAAGACAUUUUCAAGCGAGCCCAUGGAGGAGGAUGAGCUUGCACCAUCUGUUCCUCAAGACACCAACGGAAGUACCCAAAUCGAUGAUCAUCUCGUGGUUUCCGACUCGACCUCCAACCCAAGAACCUCCAGUCACUCGGAUGGCACGGGCAGAUCGAAAGAAAACCGGCUGGUAGAUAAGCAUACUCAAGAGUCCGAUAUGAAUUCCAGUUUCCCAAAUCAGCCGUUGACCCCUGAGUCAAGCGAACCCAUCGAGGUUGAUGAGCUUGCCGUAUCUGAUGCUGAGGAGACAAACGGAGAUACUCAAAUGAGAGACGCAGCCGCCAAUGCGACAUCCAAAGAUUUAGAUAAACUAGAGCGAACCAAUGAAACCCUACCAGCAGAUCAACCUACUCUAGGAUCGGGGUCGAACGAUCACGGCCUCGAUGACAACGAGCCAAUGCUUGAUGUCUAUGUCGCACCCGAUUUGCCUGAUCGUCAGCUUCAUCGGCUCAAGGUGACGACCAAUUGCAUCAAGUCGAUCGGCUGCAUCUCUGCAAGAGGAUUCUCCAGCUCCCAAGAUGAUGCUCUCCCCCAAGAUGAUCCUCCUCCCCAAGAUGAUCCUCUUCCACAAGAUGAUCCUCCUCCCCAAGAUGAUCCUAUCCACCAAGAUGAUCCUAUCCACCAAGAUAAUCCUCUCCAUCAAGAUAAUCCUCUUCACCAAGAUGACCCUCUCCACCAAAAUGAUUCUAUUUCCCAGCAUUCGCCUACCCCUAAAGGUUCUCCUGCUGCCCAAGAUCCCCGAAAUUCAAAGAAGUCCGCCCAGAAAGGAAAAUCUCGAGCCGCAACCGGUUCAUCACGCUCGGCCUUCGGUAAACCUUCUGGUUUUAUUUCGAACGAAAGUGACAGUCCUGAUUCGGUCUCGAGACGCGAACCACCCCGGAAACGACCAUUACCCUCAGAACCGCCCCUGCGGGGAAAGCUUGCCCAAACUCAUCAAUCUUCUAGCUCAACCAAACAAUCUGGGUCACAUGAGAACCCAAAAAAGAGGAAAUCCUCCAGGAAACCUGAGCCAGUGCCAACUGACUCUGAGGAGGACAAGACAGAAGAAAAGGGUAAGAAAGCAAGCUCAAGUAAGCGAUCAAAACGACAGGAAGGACCGCGGAGAGCUGCUUGGAAGCGAGACAUAGACGGAACCGACUCUGAAGAAUCCGAAACUGGUAACACCAAGCGAGGAAAACGUCGGAGUAAGAGAAGGAAAACGGAGUCCACUUCCCCCGCCCCCAUUCCAAAACGCUCUUCAACGGAGGAUGGCUAUGAAAGUUCAUUUUCGUGGACGGGUAUUCCACUUUCGGAACCCAGGGUUCCACGAAGUACCUCACGCACUCCCAAGGGUGGCCGACGCAAGAGAACAUUCUGGUGCGAAGAUGAAGAGAAACUGUUGAUCAAGGAAGUCCUUAAAUGGCAUUUAAAAUCCAAUUGUAUGGCUGAAAUCCUGAAGAGACACGGGCUUCGUGGAACCGUUUCUAAGACCUUCGCUCAUAGAAAUAGCGUGCAGCUUAAGGAUAAGGCUAUCAAUCUAUCUACUAAAUGGAAAAGAGAAAGAGUUGACCUUCCCAAACCAGUUAAAAAAGCAUUUGCUCGUUUUCCGCCUAAGGUUCAACUUCAUUCAUCAGAUUCGGAAGGACGCUCCAGUGCGAAAGAAGGGGAAGAUCGAUCGGAUGUUGACCAGUUGUCUGACUCGGAACCGGAGAAACCACCUCCACCAAGGAAAAGAGAAAAAUCUAGUAAAUCUAAAUCAGUCCGCCCUGAGCCAGAAGACUCUCUUCCGGCUGUCGAAGAGGAAUCAGAUCAUCCUCAGUCAUCGGCCAAAGAGAAAACUCGGUCUUCGUCCCGAGAUAGAGAGAAAUCUAAUAGACCUAAAUCACCGCUCCAUGAACCUGAAUGCUCUCCUUUGCCUGGCAAUCAACAAGUCAUUCAAGCCAAAGAAAAAACAAACUAAUCACCCCUUGUUCGGAUCACAUUUACCUUUGAUGACGGACACUGAUCUUUACACAUUUAUUUUACCCUUUAAGCCUUGUUAACCUCUUGAUGUUUUUUUUUCUCAUUUAUUUGAAUAAAAAUUCCCUUGAUGUGAAGCUUAGUGGUUAAAAAGUCUCUCAAAUUUUGUAUUCUCUUCCUCCUUACAUGUGUAAUCAAUUUUUGGCUUUUUUCACUUUCAAGUUUAGCCUUCAUUGUGUUGUCCCCCCUCCCUUUCUUCAACUGUCACCUUUUUUCAAUUAUUUUUUUUAUUUCUAUAUAUUUCAAUAUGUAUCAGUGUAGUUGCUGUAUCACUUGCAUGCAUGUGGUUUAAUUGAUUUCUAAACAAGGAAAAUCUCCAAUCUUUU